AUGGCCGUUUCAGCACUCGACUCGCGCGUCUUCAGAAACCUGUUCGGCACCCAGGAGGUGCGCGACAUCUUCACUGAUGACGCCUACGCGGGGUUUCUCGUCGAGGUGGAGGCUGCUCUUGCGCGGGCGGAGGCAGCCGUGGGUGUGAUUCCUGCUGUUGCGGGCGAGGCAAUCACCAGUGCUUGUGCGGAGAUUAACUUGGAUUUUGAGCGUCUGGCCCACGAAACGGAUAUUGUUGGCUAUCCAGUCCUGCCGCUCGUCAAGCAGCUUGUUGAGGGGACGCCCGGGGAGAUGGCCAAGUAUAUCCACUGGGGUGCUACCACGCAAGACAUCAUGGACGACGCCUCAAUGUUACAAAUGAAACGUGGCUUGAAGCUUGUAGGAAGAGAGUUGCAGACGCUGGUCGGUGUAUUGAAAGGAUUGGCGGAGAAGUAUCGCGAUACACCGAUGGCCGGUCGUACUCACCUCCAACACGCCCUUCCGUGUACUUUCGGUUAUAAAUGCGCCGUCUACCUGUCGAGUAUCCUGCGCCACCAGGAGCGUUUACAAGAAAUCGAGCGGAGGUGCUUACUAGUCCAGUUCGGAGGCGCUGCGGGCACGCUGGCGUCGCUUCAAGAUGCUGAUACUGGCCUCCGCGUACGCGCUGAGCUUGCCACGCAACUUGGCUUAAAAGAUCCAUUGAUCACAUGGCACGUGGCCCGCGAUACAGUCGCCGAGAUUCUCAAUUUCCUGGCUCUGAUCGGAGGGACGUUAGGCAAGAUCGCUCUCGACCUGAUCGUUAUGUCGUCGAACGAGUUUGACGAGGUCUCGGAGCCCUUCGUGCCCCAUCGCGGAGCCUCGUCAACUAUGCCCCAGAAACGUAACCCAAUCUCCAGCGAGGUCAUUCUCGCUGCGUCAAAGCUGCUCCGAUCUAACGCUAGCCUGGGGCUGGAUGCCAUGGUGACAGAUUUUGAGCGCGCUUCUGGCCCUUGGCAUUUAGAAUGGGUGGCCAUUCCCGAAGCUUUCAUUACUGCUGUGGGCGCCUUGCAUCAGACUAAUUUUGCAAUGGGUGGACUGGUGGUGAAGGUGGAUUCGAUGAGUCGCAACCUCCAUUCUACGCGGGGACUCAUCGUCGGGGAAGCGGUCAUGAUGGGAUUGGCGCCGGUGCUCGGUCGGCAAAAGGCUCACGACGUUGUUUAUGAAGCCUGCAAGACGGCGAUUGAAGAGAACCGCAGCCUCCUCGAGGUGCUGCGGCAGAACUCCGAUCUCAGCGAAACCCUUGCCGCGGAUCGACUCGCAAGUUUGUGCGAUCCGCUACAGUAUCUUGGGGCGAGUCAGCAGAUGGUAGACGCCGUUGUUGGGGCAGUCAACAUUGUACCUUAG